ACGACAGCACAAAAGAAAACUGCGUGAGAGAAAAAUCAAUAAUUAAAGAUUUUCACCAUCCCACAGCAGAAGGAAGGUCCGAUCAGGAAAAAAGUGUAUUUUUUCGGUGAAAAAAUAGUUGAAAAGUUGGUAAUUUGCUGCAAAAAGGAGUAAUCGACGUGCUGCUGCAACCAUGGCCGAUAAUGAGCAGAAAGCUCUGCAGUUGAUUGCCGAGGCGGAGAAGAAACUAAAUUCGUCGAAGGGAUUUUUCGGAUCGCUCUUUGGGAGUGGCUCUAACAAGGUAGAAGAAGCCGUAGAAUGCUACCAACGGGCGGCCAACAUGUUCAAGAUGGCCAAGAAGUGGGCCCAGGCCGGGUCUGCAUUCUGCGAAGCCGCCAAUCUCCAUGCCAAGGCCGGCAGCCGUCACGAUGCGGCCACCAACUUUGUCGAUGCGUCCAAUUGUUAUAAGAAGACCGAUCCAAAUGAAGCCGUUAGCUGUCUGCUGAAAGCCAUCGACAUCUACACCGACAUGGGUCGGUUCACCAUGGCUGCCAAGCACCACCAGAGCAUUGCUGAGAUGUACGAGAACGAAGCAAAUGAUUUGCAACGUGCCGUACAGCACUACGAGCAAGCAGCCGAUUACUUCAAGGGCGAAGAGUCGACCAGCUCGGCCAACAAGUGCAUGCUGAAGGUCGCCCAGUACGCGGCCCAGCUCGAGGACUACGAGAAGGCCAUCCAGAUCUACGAACAGGUCGCGGGCUCCUGUCUGGACAGCUCCCUGCUCAAGUACAGCGCCAAGGAGUACUUCUUCCGGGCCGCGCUCUGCCACCUCAGCGUCGACCUGCUGAACGCUCAGCACGCCCUCGAAAAGUACGCACAACAGUACCCGGCGUUCCAGGACUCGCGGGAGUACAAACUGGUCAAGACGCUGUGCGAACACCUGGAGGAGCAGAACGUGGACGGUUUCACCGAGGCGGUCAAGGAUUACGAUAGCAUUUCCCGGUUGGAUCAGUGGUACACCACCAUCCUGCUGAGAAUCAAAAAGCAAGCCAACGAUAAUCCCGAUCUACGAUAAAUUUCCACAGCAAAGGACGCGUUCAACCCCAUCUUACUCUAUCAAGCAAAAAUAUAUUACUAAAAAAACUACAACUACUAACAGCAGCAGACUUUGCUCGACUCGAAGGGGAUAUUUGUUAGGAUAUUACACACAGAACGUGGGACAAGCAGCAAGAGAAAAGGUAAAUUUACCUUCUAAUCGAUGGACGUGCGCGUGAUCUAAUACAAAUGCGGACAGCGAACGUGUUGUAGAAUUGCAAUCGUUUUAACUCCUAGUUUCCAAUCUUAUAUACUAUCGAUUAUAUUGAAUGCUCUAGAAUUAAGUAAAAAGACUUUACAUAAAUGGGGGAAAUAUGAUUCACAGAAAGAAAGAUGACAAAGAGAGGUACUUUAUCAGAUUGUAGCACGAGCAAGUUUUGUUUUAUUUUUUGUUUAACGCGGAGCUAUCAUUCCGUUUCAGUUGUUACGACAAAACUCAGCUGAUGAAAAGUGAAGAAAAUGUUACAGUUAUUGAAUUGCAGAUUUUGUUCAUUGCCUUCGUUGUGUAAGUGACAUGAAUACAAAGUUAGUGAAACUGACAUACAAAUUUGACUUAAAUAUAAACAGAACAUAUUUAGUGUGUAACGCGUUUCAACCAUUAAAAUGCAACCGACAGUGGGAUGCAAAAACAACAGCGCAGAACAAUAAUUCUAUACCUUUAGUUCCAACUCACACUAGUCAGAAAUCAUAGCGAAAGAUAAAUUCCAAACAGAAAGCAAACAAUUAUCACUACUAAUCGAAAUUCCGAUGAAUGCACUCUAAGAAGUAAAACAGAAAAUUGUCUUUGAAAAUAUAUAUCAUAAAUGCUUCGAAAUAAAGCGUCGUUAUUCACAAAACAAAAACACAUUGAUAUCUACCGGAAAUCAGACAAGAACCGAAAGAAACCUACCCACUUUAAGCAGAUAAAAAUAAGUAAACCACAUUCCAUCUCCUAGCUAUCCUAGUGAAUUUGAACAGAAAAUUACAACCCUAGUUGAAGAUUUGAAGUGUGACUAACCAUCAAUAAGCAUCUUCGACCGGUGGCUGUUUAGAAAAAUAAAUUGAAUUGAUUAUCUGAAAUCGUAAACGUAAUCGAUAUUACAACAAAUUCUUGUAACCAGACAAAAAAAACACUCAAUUCAGCAAAACACAAGAAAUGAUGUAACCGGGGAGGAAGCUAGUGAAUUUACCGAAAGAGUGCAUCUUGCAGAGCACACAGACAACUCUAAACCCAAUUACGUGUUUUCGAAUUGCAAUAAAUAAAGACAACCGACAAAACGGUACUACGAAUUAGAA